GCUGCUCAUCGACCAAGAAGAAGAAAUCAUAAACCUUGUAAAUAAUGCGCUUAUUUGUUGCUACAGCGACAAGGUUUGUCCUUCUUUGUUCCCAUCCUUCUCAAAAGAUUAAGUGUUUAAUUCCAGUCGUUUCCCCUCGUUUGAGAAGAAUGGCGCAUUACCUAACGGAGAUGAGAGGACGACAAAAUUCGCCUGACUACAGGGUUUACUUGAAAACCUCAAAUGGAAAGUACAUAUCUCCCUUCCAUGACAUUCCUCUGCAUGUUGCUGAUGAACAGGAAUGUGGUGUUCCUCCAAAGAAACUUAAAACAAACGAGAUCCUGUUUAAUAUGGUUGUAGAAAUACCUCGCUGGACCAAUGCUAAAAUGGAGAUAGGAACGAAGGAACCAUUAAACCCGAUCAAGCAAGAUGUGAAGAAAGGCAAGCUGCGAUAUGUAGCUAACAUUUUUCCACACAAAGGUUUCAUUUGGAACUACGGUGCGCUUCCACAGACAUGGGAGGAUCCUAACCACACUGAUAAAGAAACCAAGUGCUGUGGAGACAAUGACCCCAUAGACGUGGUUGACAUCGGCUCCAUUGUGUGCGUAACCGGGCAGGUGAUUCAAGUUAAGGUUCUCGGAAUUCUGGCUUUGAUAGAUGAAGGAGAGACUGACUGGAAGGUAAUAGCCAUCAAUAAAGAGGACCCUGAUGCAUUGAGCCUUAACAGCAUUGGCGAUGUCAGAAAGGUUAAACCGGGUUAUCUUGAGGCUACUGUGGAUUGGUUUAAAAAAUACAAAGUGCCAGAAGGAAAGCCUGAGAACAAGUUUGCAUUCAAUGGACAGUUUAAGGAUAAGGACUUUGCCAUAGAAGUCAUAAAAUCAACACACAACUACUGGAAAGCAUUAGUGUCGAAAACAACGACAAACGAUGUCGUAAUUGUUUGUCAGAACUCCUCCUUGUGUGACAGUCCGUACAAAUGCAGUGAUGCAGAGGCCAGUGCAGUAGUCAAAGCUGCUGCAGAAUAUGCAGAACCCCUACCGGUGUCUCCUGAUGUGGACAAAUGGCACUUCUUGUCGAAGUAAACCUUUUUCUUUCAUAAAACUAUUUGCUUGGUGCUCUUAAGAAUCCAGAAGACAAAGCAGGCAGUGGUUAAAAAUUUCAAUAUUUAAGUUUCAUUAAUGUGUUUUUUAGAUCGUUGUUUAUCACCAAGGAACACCAAUACUUGCUAUAUAUUCAUUUGUUGUCGUGAAGCAUCAGUUAAGCAAGUAACUUGCAUGUAAGCAAGUAAUUCAUAUUUUUUUAAUUGCCAGACCGAUUUUGCUGGCAUGUUUCAACAUUUACAUUGUAAUGUUUUUGUACUUUAUAUUGUUAUUGUACUUCAAAAUACAAGUAUUUAAGUGCCA